GAAGAAUUUUGAUGAGACACCGUCCAACGUUUGAGUUUUUUUCCUCUGUUGGAGCUCGCUAAAGACGGCGACCAUGAGGAUGCCCGUUUCCGUGCUACGCUUACCCCGCGGACCAGAUCCCAACAGCCGCGGCUUCGACCCAAACUCCCCUCGGUACAUCGCUCUUUGUCCAACGACAAUUUCAGCUUCUUCUGAGUCGCGAACAGACACUGAUGUGCUACGGGAGGAGCAGCGUGCACGCUCGUUUCUGCGAGAGCGCUACCUGAGGAGCCUCCUAGCGAUGUCCCAAAAACAAGUCCAGUUCAACAUGUUCGAGAGGGUGCAGGUGAAAGCCACGUUUGGAGCCUCAGACAUCGACGUGCUUAAUUUCCAGGUGUCAGAUCUACAAACUCCGUUAGGCGUACAGAAGGAAGCAUUGAUCCGUUGCCCAGAUGUGAUUUCAUACUCAUUGGAACUUUGAAAUGUCUUUUCGGUCUGUUGUAUAGCUAUAAUAACAUUUUCUAUGGUCAGAGAGUUGGCUAGUUCGAAGGCUGUGAAAUGUUAAAUGUUCUUGUAAAUAUAAAGUACUAAACUAAAAUAAACUAA